AUGACAGAGAUACGAAGCCAACAAGACACACUGACCGGCGGAACGGGUACAGAAUUUAUUUCUCAAUCCGUGACUGAGAAUGAACUGGCAGCCACUGAACCACAGUCGAAGAUCACUCGACCUUAUGUGAAACUCGCCUGUGCUGGAUUCUCCUUCUUCUACGCAGGCACAAAUGAUGGCACUAUCGGACCCUUGCUCCCGUACAUACUUCGGAGAUACAAUGUCAGCACUGGUCUCGUCACAGUCAUAUACGGAGCCACAUUUACUGGUUGGGUGAUCUCCGCCCUCACGAACACCCAUUUAACAACGACACUACGUCUCAGCCUCGGGACAACACUGACGCUAGGUGCAAUACUCCAACUGGCCUCACAACUCCUGAGGUUCUGGAAUCCACCAUUCCCGCUCUUCGCCGUGACGUUCCUGUUGACGGCCCUGGGACAGGCAUAUCAAGACAGCUUCUCCAACACCUUUGUCGCGAGCCUCCCCGUCGCGCAUCGCUGGCUCGGCUUCAUCCAUGCCAUGUACAUGCUCGGCUGCCUCACCGGCCCGUUCAUCGCCACGCCUGUGGCUUCCAACACCAAGUGGUACCUCACAUAUGCCGUCGAAGCGGGUCUUGGGGCGGUCAAUCUGGCUUUUGUACUGUUCGCGUUUGGUGCAGAUAUGCUGAAAGCUCGCAAAACCCACCACACCGCACACAGGGAGGAGAUUGGCACAGAACUGGGACAGACGAUCGCUCCACAGUCUACUCCAUCGAACGCAACAACGGGAAAUAAUCCCAGCAACGACACCACGCGAGCUCGAAACAGACAGGCCUUCCAGGAGAUCAAACAAGUCCUCCGCCUCCGCUCCGUCUGGCUCCUGAGCAUGUUCUACUUCUUCUACCUGGGCGCCGUCAUCACGGUGUCAGGCUGGGUGGUGGAGUAUCUCGUACAAGAGCGGUCCGGCUCGCUGUCCUCGAUCGGCUAUGUCCCGGCUGCACUGAGCGGCGGCGGGUUUCUCGGGCGGCUGUUGCUCGCGGAGCCGACGCACCGCUUUGGCGAGCGCCGCAUGAUCCUCCUGUACACCGUCGUCUGUCUGGCGCUGCAGAUCAUGUUCUGGCUCAUCCCGAACCUGGUCGCCGGCGUCGUCGUCUACACUGCGCUGGGCUUCUUCUCGGGCCCCUUUUUCGCGACGGGAAUCUCCGUCGCCUCCAAGCUUUGUCCCAAAUCCAUCCAGUCUACCGCACUUGGCUUCAUCUUCGUCCUUGCACAAGCAGGCGGCUCGUUAUUUCCAACCGUGACGGGGGUGAUCGCCGCCAAUGCGGGUGUCAAAGUCCUUCAACCGAUUCUGGUCGGCUUGUUCGUGGCGACGGGCGUUAGUUGGUGGUUGGUGCCACGGACAGAGAAGGUCAGGGAGGUCUAG